CAUACAGAAGGGAGGUGGAUUAGAGAGUAAGACUGAGCGUCAGUCAGGGUGCAAAGAUGCGUUGCUUCAGGCCUCGGAUCAGCAAGCCAGCGGAUGACGCGGAUAAGACACCAGCGGUGGUAGAGACACGCCAAGCGAGUCAAAGUCAGCAAGUCAGCAGAGAUGUCAGGAAAGGUGUUGAGGCAGGAGCUCAGCAGGGCUCUAAAUAUCAACUCAGCAGGAUCAUGCGGCCGGACGACGCCAACAUCGUGGGCAACGUCCACGGCGGCAUCCUUCUCAAGAUGAUCGAGGAAGCUGGAUGCAUCAUUGGCACGCGGCACUGCAACACACAGAACGGGGACCGCUGUUUGGCCGUUCUGGUUCGGGUGGAGAAGACAGAGUUCUUGUCCCCCGUGUUCAUUGGCGAGGUCACCCAGGUCACUGCUGAGAUCACUUACACCUCCAAGCACUCGUUGGAGGUGCAGGUCAAAGUCAUGGCUGAGAACAUCCUCACAGGUGCCAAAAAGCUGGCCAACAAGGCAGUGCUAUGGUACGUCCCCUGCUCUCUGCAGAACGUCGACAAGAUCAUGGAGGUGCCGCCCAUCAAGUAUGCCACUCCAGAGCAAGAGGAGGAGGGCAAAAAGCGCUAUGAGGCCCAGAGGAUGGAGAGGCUGGAGACCAAAGCGAGGAUUGAAGAGGUGGUGCCACUUUUACCCAACCCAGAAAAACAUACGGUUGGCUUCAGCCAGUCCAGUCUGAUCCAUUUGGUGUGCCCCUCUGACUGCACAAUACACGACUACGUUCAUGGAGGUGUGACCAUGAAGCUGAUGGAUGAGGUCGCCGGCAUCGUGGCAGCUCGGCACUGCAACACCAACAUUGUCACUGCGGCCGUGGAUGCCAUCAACUUCCACCGCAAGAUCAAGAACGGCUGCGUGGUGACGGUGGUGGGGCGGCUCACAUUCAUCAGUAACAUGUCUAUGGAAAUCGAAGUGUUGGUAGAUUCUUCGUCACUGGUCGAGGCAAGGGAAGAGAAAUAUCGCGCCGUCUCGGCCUUCUUCACCUACAUCUCCCUGGACAAGGACAACAAGCCUCUGCCUGUCCCUCCUCUGAAGCUCGACGGAGAGGAGGAGCAGAGACGUUUCGAGGAGGGCAAGGCGCGUUACCUCCAGAGAAAAGCAAAGAGACUCGCAGAUAAGGAGUGCCAGCAGUGACGCCACCGCUCAGAGCGGAGUUACAGUCUAUCAACCCUACACAGCACAUACAGUAUGAAGGGGAUAAAAGCCCUGCCUCCCGUUCUGUGACCGUAGCCUCCUGUUAAACCUAAACCUGUGGUUAUUCUUUUUUCCUGUGCUAUGCACCAAAGUGUCCACAUGUAGCUGUAUAUGUAUGUAAAAGUAAGAGUACAUACAGUAUUUUUAUUGAUGUAUGAAGACUAUUGAUGACCACUGUGUAAAAUGACAGUCUGACUGUAUGUAUAAGUAUGAGUACUGUUUUAUUUUCAGAUUUUUAAGUAUGAAGACUUGAUGAUCAGUGUCAGUGCAAAGUGAGGAGGCGCAAGGAAAACGAUGAAUAAGUGAGUGAAUAAUAAUGAAUAAAAGAUCCAAGCGCGA